UGGAAACCGUAGAAGUAAUUCUUCCCUAACUAAUGUCAUUAAAUGCUUUUUAGAGUUCCUCGCUUUACUUGUAAAAUAUGUGUGCAUUUCAUUCAGAAAGUCUGAGCUUAGGGGGAUUUUAGUUAAAGCUGCUACAGAUCAUUUAAGUUUAUUUAUUUAUAGAACAGAUAUUACAAAGAGUUUGGAAAUCAAACAUUUGAAGGGACUCACAACCCUGAAGAAGAUGUUAGCCACGUGUGUUAGUGUGACUACAGAAAAGGUGAACAUGGAACAUCCUGUAUUUCAAUCUGUGCUGUGAACCGUGGAGGUGUUUCAGAUACAGUUUCUUCAACUGAAACAUUUUAAAGUUUAAAAUGUGUUUGCUUCUGAAAGGAAACGUUUGUUCUGUGGAGGAAGAGCCUGUCUUCAUCAUCGUAUCAGGAUGUUUGUUCUCAUCUGGGCGACUCUGCUCUUCACUGUGAAAGGCAGCAAUGCUGACCCAGGUUCCUUUCUAGGAGGAAAACAACACUGCCUAAAUGGAUUCUGUAUCACCCUUAGUGAAGGAGAAAUAACAGCAGAGGCUGGACUCUGUGUUGUGAUACCGUGUUCUUUCAACACCACUUACGACUUUACUCCCCAACAUUUAGUUUGGCACAAAUGUGAACCAUCUAAACGAAGAUGUGACGAUUCAGACAUCAUAUUCCACUCUAACAAGAACAACACAAAGGUUCAGUCUGGGUUUAAAGGACGAGUUUCACUGAUGGAGCCUGACGUGAGUCAGGGGAACUGCAGCAUCAUCAUCAAUGACGUCACCGAGUCCGACUCUGGAUCAUAUCACCUCAGAGUUAAUGGUCACCAGUUUGGGAGGGACAGUGGAUUUAACUACUCUCCAAGGACAAUCGUCUCUGUUAAAGAUCUGAUCCAGAAGCCCACAGUGAUGAUUCCUCCUCUGACAGAGGGACAGCAGACCACACUGACCUGCACUGCUCCUGGUCUCUGCUCUGGAUCUGAACCUAACAUCACCUGGACGUGGAGAGGAGCAGGAGAGAAGGCCUCUCACAUCACAGGAAACAUCACAGCUCUCAAGACCGAGUACCUGACUGCUGUCACACAGAGACACAGCUCAACUUUGAUGUUUAACCUUUCAGCUGAGCACCACGGCACUGAGGUCACCUGUAAGGUCACCUUCACCAACAACAUCACUACAGAGGAGACAGUGACUCUGAAUGUGACCUAUGCAAAGCAAGUUAAAAUCACUGGAAAUACAAGUGUGGAGGAGGGUGAGACUCUGAAUCUGACCUGCAGCGUUGACAGUUUCCCUCCAUCUCUCAUCACCUGGAUAAAACUCAGCUUGAACAGAAACCUGAACAAUGACACUCGAUCAGCCACACUUGUCAUCCCUAAUGUGACAGCAGAACAUUCUGGACCGUACAUCUGCACAGCAAAACAUCUGGACAACAACUGGAUGGAAGAAGUAAACAUAACAGUAAAAUUUUUUCCAAGGAUCCUAAGUAGCUCUGCGUGUGAGGGUCAGUCAGAGGUCCUGAUCUGUGUGUGCAUCAGUGAGGGAUUUCCUUUACCCACCAUCAAAUGGCCGCUGUUGAAGAACCACGCUGAGUACUCUGUCAUCACCAGUACCACUGUGUCAAACCACACAAUCAACGUAACUGUAUCUGUAAAAGAUCGUAACUACACCACAGUGGAGUGUGUCAGCAGUAAUGACAUUGGGGAAGCAAAAAAAAACCUCUCGAUCACAAGAAAGGAGAUAAAACAAGAGGAUCUACUGAAGAACUUUUUGUUGAGUUUUAAACUGCCACAAGUCAUCAUUGCGUUUUUCAUUGGGAUCCUUCUUUCAGCAACCAUCUUCUGUUUGGCCAGAAAAUGCCGCAGAAAUAAACAGAAGAGCUCUGGAAAUGUGGCUGAGACUCUGGAGAUGGGGACUAUUCAAGCGGUUCCACUGAUCGAUGCUGGUCAAUCAGUGGGAAAUGAUGGCACCCAUGAAGGAGGAGCUGAGGCUGCUGGACAAUCAGUCCCCGACGGUGACGUGGAACCAAGAGAGGUAGAAUACUCCGACAUUGACUUCUCCUUGUUGAAAAGGAAGAGUCCCACGGGGGCAGAGGAUACGCUAGAGACCCCGGAGACAGAGUAUGCUGAAAUACAGACCAAAGUAACAAAAGAGCGACAAGACAACGGUGAAGAGGACGGUGAAAUGUUAGAGGGCAAUGAGGAGGAGAAGGAGGAGGAGGAGGAGGAGGAGGAGGAGGUGAUGAUAGAGGAAGAUAAGGAGACAAAACAGUGUAUGUCUGCAGAGGAGGAGGGAGGUGAGGAUGUGGCAGUGUACUCCAAUGUGAAAGAAAUAAUGGGGGAUGUUUGAGGACUGUAGCUUGGCGGAGUCACUUAAGGAUCCAUUUUUUUUAUUGGUGAAGGAAGACAAAACACAACAGGUGAUUCAACGUAAGCAUACGUGGCAUAACAUACAUACAGUAAGAGGAGCAUUACGUUAAACAGAGGAAAGGACAUGAGAUGGGGGUUGAUAUAAUGCAGAAUAUGGAUGUUAAAAAUGAACCGUUAACCGACAAUAAGAAAUUUGACCAAUUAAUGCUAUCGGUUAAACGGUUAAAAAAAAUAUUUAAAAAAAUAAAUAAAAAGCUGAGCAAAACUCGGAGGAGCAGCUCGUCACUUAAAGGAGUACAGCUGGUCCACCUUAAGUGUGUCUGAGCCGUUGUUGUUCCUAACGCCAGGGCUAACCGCCUUCACUUUAAAGGUCCCAUAUUGUAAAAAGUGAGAUUUUCCGGUCUUUUACAUUAUAAAGCAGGUUUAAGUGCUAUAUAAAUACUGUUAAACUAUCGAAACGCUCAAUAUACAGAGAAACACACACAGCCCAUAUUCGGAAAUUGCGCAUUUGAAACAAGCCGUUAGGAUUUCUGUCCAUUUGUGAUGUCACAAAUAUACAAUAUUUAGACCAUUACACGGUAGGCCCAGUGCGUCUCCUACCACGGCAAAAGUGUACCUUGUGCAGUGGUGUCGAACGCCGACGACAGUGACGAAGCGUCGGUAUUUGACGCCUUGGGAAUGGGAGCGAGCUGUUACUGCUGUGGUGUAUAAAAGGGCAAACACCUCCGUCCUCUCUGCUCUGAGAGUCAAAGUGUACCUUUGUUUAAUAUAUUUUGUUUAACUAGGUUAAGCAUGUGCUUUUCUUCCAAAGUACAUGUUGUAUAAAAUUCUCUCCUUGUUUCUAUGGACCUGUGGAUCUGUCUAACUCCGACUGCUGAAGCUUCUUUAGGAUGCUUGUUUUCACAGAAUGAGGACUGUAGAUUCUGUCCUCAUCUCUUACAGUGGAAUUACUUUAGGAUGGGAUCUCUUCAGGGUCAGUGUGGACAGGAACAACAAUUACAGGAAUUUUGAUGUACAUUACAUACAGUAUGCGUGUUAGUAUUAUUUUAAGACAAACAGGAAGCUCUACUUUAAAUUUGUGUGAAUUUAUGCAUCCAUUUUCAUAUAAAAUAUGAAGAAUUGUUGAAUUACAAAUUUCAGAUCAGCAUGCCGUGAUUCAUCUUUUUAUUUGAUCUGUUUUUUUCAAACUGAUAAGAUGUUUGGCCUAAUUUGUCUCUAUAGCUCUGCUAGUGUUUAAGAAGUCACAGAUCACUUCCCUUUUUAAUGUGUUACAGGAAUCAACUUCUUUUAAACAGAAAACAAACACUUGUUUAUGUUUGGAAUGAAAUCAUUGUUUUCAGUUACAACAAAGCCUUUCUUACUUCUUGUACAUUCUGCAAUAUUGACAGGUUCUGUAGUGAGUGAUCAAUAUGCAGGCAUAUAGUAACUAACUAGGACAAAACUGUAGCUAGUUCAUAGCUAAAUAUAGUUCUGAUCUAGCACGUUAAAGUUUCAACAGGAAGUUAUUAGAGAGAACACAGUGAUGCCAUGUAAAGUAAUGUUUCAACGAAUAAUACGUUUCUGAGAACAGAACUUAUAGAUGUUGCACAUUAACCACUAAAUCAUAAAUAUAGAGGUUCUUUCCAAGAGGCUGCUUGCAUUUAAAUUAAGAACUAUGAUUAAAACAUAUUUUUUUUAUCUGCAGGUAUUUCAUGCACUUAAUCAAUGACAAUGUACAUGAAUAAACUAAUGAUUAAACUAA